AUGGCGGACCCAGAUUCUUUGACGAACUGUCGGUUCUAUGAGGAGAAGUAUCCGGAGAUCGAGAGUUUUGUGAUGGUGAACGUCAAGCAGAUAGCAGAAAUGGGCGCCUACGUCAAGCUGCUGGAAUACGACAACAUCGAUGGCAUGAUUCUUCUCUCCGAACUGUCUCGAAGACGUAUCAGAUCGAUACAGAAACUUAUUCGGAUCGGUCGUAACGAAGUAGUAGUCGUGCUGAGAGUGGACAAGGAGAAGGGCUACAUCGAUCUGUCCAAGCGAAGAGUGUCAGCAGAAGAUAUUGUCCGAUGCGAGGAGCGCUACAACAAGAGCAAGUCGGUACACUCGAUCAUGCGACACGUGGCGGAAAAGACGAAAACACCCAUUCUUAAGUUGUACGAAGAUAUCGGUUGGCCUUUGAACCGGAAAUACGGCCACGCGAACGAUGCGUUCAAACUUUCCAUCACAAAUCCCGACAUCUGGAACGACGUCACAUUUCCGAACGAGGUUGUCAAGGAGGAGUUCCAGUCAUAUAUCAGCAAGAAGCUGAUGCCUCAUCCGACGAAGGUUCGAGCUGACGUCGAGGUGACGUGCUUCAAGUACGAUGGCAUUGAUGCUGUGAAGGAAGCCUUGAGGAAAGCUGAAGCGAAAAAUACCCCGGAUACACAAGUCAAGGUCAAGCUGGUAUCUCCACCUCACUAUGUCUUAACCAGCCAGUGUCUGGACAAGGGGAUGGGUAUUCAGCUACUGGAACAAGCGAUUCAAGACAUUGACGAGAGCAUCAAGGCGGCAGGUGGCGGCUGUGUGGUUAAGAUGGCACCGAAAGCCGUCACCGAGCAUGAUGAUGCCGAAUUGCAAGCUCUCAUGGACAAAAGAGCAAAGGAGAAUGAGGAGGUCAGUGGCGACGAGGACAUCAGCGAGAGUGACGAAGGCCCGGAAGUUGCAUAG